AUGCAGAACAAAGUCCUGGGUCGAAAUGGCCCUCAAGUUUCAGCAAUCGGCUUUGGAGCUAUGGGUCUCUCAGGGUUCUAUGGUCCUAUCGAGUCAGAAGAGCAACGGUUGGCCUUUCUAGACGAGGCUUACGAACAUGGAGAACGGUUUUGGGAUACAGCUGAUAUCUAUGAAGAUAGCGAGGUGCUGAUAGGCAAAUGGCUUCAACGCAGUGGCCACCGCAGCGAUGUUUUCAUCGCAACCAAGUUUGGCCAAUCAAAGGCAGGAAUCCAUGCUAUCCGCUCAGAUCCUGAAUAUGCCCAUAGUGCUUGUGAGCGAUCCCUGCAGAGGCUCGGGGUGAAACAGAUUGAUCUUUUUUACUGCCAUCGUCUUGAUCGGAAAACGCCGAUUGAAGAGACUGUGAAAGCCAUGGUGGAAUUGAAGGAGUAUGUUGGAACUGAGCAAAAUUUACACAGCACUCACAUUGACUCAGUAUAA